AUGUUGAAAGAACUUCCUACAUAUAAAACCUUAUACAAAAGAAAUACCAAUAAAAUAGAUUCACCAAAAUGUAUAAGGUGCGGGAAAAAAGUAGAAGAAGAUUGGGAACAUGUUUGGAUUUGUGAAGAUAACGAAAUUUCGAUCGAUGACAUAAUAAGAGAAUCACCGUAUAAAUUUGAAUUAGAACUAGAAGCUCAAAACAAGGUUAAAGAAUUAGAAAUAAUAAGAAAUCAUGUUUGUAACUUUCUGACUAUACUCGAAAGUCCUUCACUAAUUUUAAGAGAAAAGAGUAGAAAAUGGGAAUUGAUCAGAGGAGUUUAUAACGAUAAAUUUAGCAACAUAUCAAAAAUCAAAGAAGAAAAAGCGGUUAUAAAAGAACUUUGGAAUUUCAUAUAUGACGAAAUAAAGAAAAGAAUCUGGAUUCCACGAUGUGAUGAGAUUGAAAGACUGGAAAAAAAAGAGGAAAUAAAGAAAUCCGAUCUACGACUAAAGAAGCAGGAACCAGAAGGCCAUCAGAAUAAACUUUUAGAAACAGAAAAUAGUAAAAAUAAAAAAACAACAGAAAAUUUAGAAAAAACCAAGGAAAAUAAUAUAAAAAACCAAAUUAAAAUAGUAACUUUAGGAAAAUUAAUGGGUGCGAUAACGGACGGCAUCAAUAUAGAUAAAAAUUGGGAUACGAUAAUCAAAUUACCAUACUAUUAG